CAUAAAAAGAAGAAAAAUGCUGUGAGAAAAAAUUACACAACGGUCGCAACUUUAAAACAGUUUCCUAAGCUUAUUUCGCAAAAAAAAAAAAAUCAAGUGUAUUUAAUUAAAUGCCACAAAUAUGAGUUUUAUACACCCCGAUGCUAGUCUAAUGGGAACAAGCCAGUUGGAGUCCGAGGAGCCGACAUUAAAAGCGUCGUCGGCUCCAACACGUGCGAAUAGUCCCCAACCCGAUAAGGUGGAAAUAAAAAUAGUGCUGCUAAAAGUACAGGCUGAAUCACCUUUACUGCCCCUAAAGGAGGACGAGCCCAGUAGAAAUCACAGUAGCUUAGCCCAACCACCCGCACCACCUUCGCCAACUACGACAACAACAGCCACACCACCUGCAAAUAAUAAGCACAUAUCAGGCACGUCCAAUGAAUGUCGCAGACGGAACUCGUUGAAUACAACGCCCCCAUUUGAGAGCAGCACAGUAGUUGAGAUUGUAGACGAGAAGGAGACCAAUAACAACAAUAACAAUAACAACAUCCAUCAAAAAGGUGACUUCUAUUCAACACCUUCGGCCGGCACACCGACACACACACACGACUACAAACUCUAUCCGCACGAUACUUUCGCACGUCUAGAGGGUAAGGCGCCCAAACCUAAUACCAAAAUGCAAUCCAAGGUCGAUGCUGUUGGCCAAAUCACCGGCCAAUGGGGUAAAUGGCAACUGCGCACUGUCCUAUUGAUAUUUUUGUGCAAAAUACCCUCGUCCUGGUUCAUGGCGUGCAUCAUUUUUACUGCGCCAGCGCCACGGCACGGCGAGUUCUUCUGCAAACCCCCGCAUACGGUGAGCGCUCAGAAUGCCACGCAGUGGAUCAAAGUAUCGCAUCCGCAGAAAGAGGAAGUGGACGAUCGUGAGUUCACGAUAGACUUUUGUAAUGUGUAUCAGGAUGCGCAGCAGCAUGCCCAUCACUACUAUAAGUAUGCAGACAAGGAACAGGAGCCGCGAGUAUGGGAACAGCCCGAACAUCGCAAUGCCAACGUUAUACCCUGUACCGAGUUUCAGCAUCAGGCCGAAUACCAUUCGAUCGUGACGCAAUACGAUUUAGUCUGCUCCCGAGACAUUCUCGUCUCCGUAACGCAAUUCUUCCAUCUCUUUGGUGUGCUCACAGGCGGUAUAUUAGCCAAUCAUCUGCUCAAAUACUUCAGUCCCCGCGCUGUCAUGCUCUUUGGUAUGGUCACGCAAAUCUUCUGUGGCAAUGUUACGGGCCAUGUGUCUUCCUAUGAACUCCACGUCUUCUUCCGCUGCCUAUCGGCUGUUUGCUGCGCUCAGAUGUAUACCGCCGGUGGCGUUAUAAUGUCCGACAUAACUGGUGGAAAAUAUCGGACUUGUGUAACGACGCUCUUCGAGCAAUUCUGGUCUGUUGGUGUAAUGCUGCUGCCAGGCUUGGCCAGCUUAUGGUCGAGCUGGUCGCAUCUUUACAUGGCAAUCUCUUGGCCAACUGUGAUACUCAUCUAUUUAUGGCAAUGGAUACCUGAUUCGCCUCGCUGGCUGAUCGCACGCGGUCGAGUUCAGGAGGCCAAGGCCAUUCUACUCGAAUGCGCGGAAAUGAAUGGCACUCGUAACAGCCUUCCCCACGAUAUUGACCAGCAGCUGGAGCUUCAGUCCCAGACAGAAAUCGAAGCACCACCACCAGCCGGGUGGUGGUCCAUGUGGAAGGGCAAAAAUGCUGUUCGUCACAUAAUCUGCGUCCACUUGGCCUGGUCGCUCUACGUACCCAUCUAUUAUGGAAUGCUGCUCAACAUCCGCUCCUUCAGUCGGGAGCAUUUAUAUGUGAAUACGGCAGUGGCCGGCUUUAGUGAAAUGAUGGGCACCUUCGUCGGUUUGUUUCUCAUAAUGAAAACCACCCGGAAGUGGCUUUGGACAGGCCUAUUCAAUAUCAUAGCGGGAUGUAUUGCAUACUGCGGCUGGUUGGUUCCACACCCGCCUGACGUUUCAUUCGAUACACGCGUCGCCUUGCUGAUGCUUUCGGCCAUGAUCUCAAAAAUGGCCAUAUCCUGCACACUCUCUAUACUCACGACCUGCACAGGGGAGCUGGUUAGUCCGGAGAAGCGUAAAAUCACAGCGUUCUCCACAAUCUGUUGGGCCCGCUUUUGGCUGCUUGGUGCCCCCUUCAUUGGCGCCUGUGUAGUCUUUGGCCAACUGGUGCCACAGACUGCCUUCGCCUCGCUCUCCAUUUGGGGUGGCUUAAUGACUGCGCUCAUAAGCAGUCCACGCACGCAUCCGAUUUCGCGACCAGCAUCACCUAGGCAGGGUGCUCAGAACAUGGCUUCGCAGUUUACGAUCAUAGAGGGUGUGGACAACAAAGGUUAUACCCCAAGCACAAAACCCAUUCACACUUCAAGUACUUUAAAUAAGCUGACCAAACCACAAUCGAAUCUACCUCCUCAACUAAUGCCCGGCAUUUGGACGACCAAGGUGCAUGAGGAUGGCCCACCAAUGUGAUAUGGCAAGACGAUGCAAUUAUUGUGACAUAUAAGGAAAUAUUUCAGGCUUCCAAUCCACUUUAAAUCAAUAUAAAUCAACAGAAGUCUUUAAUUUGCCGUUGAAUCUAAAAUGGAAAACAGAACGUGUUCUAGUUUUGUUUAAUUUUUGCGCUAUUUAUUCUAAGAAUCUCUUUUGAUCGAAAGUGGUAUUGUUAGUUUGUAUCGUUCCUGACUAUGUUUACAAAAUGUGAGGUUAGAGCUGAAGUUAAUUCAUGCUCUGGUGGUGGUGCUGUGACUCGUGACUUGCUGAACCCAACAAAAUAAUGUACAAGUCCAAUAAUUUUAUAUACUUUAUGGGCACUAGCCAAGUCGUAUGCUAGCACAAAACUAGAAAAGUCCCGUUUUUUGAUAAUGCACUUAAGCCUAACUUUUUUCUACAAGAAUUGUAGUUAAAGCGCUUUUCGCUGCUAGUUAACGAGCACAAUUUACAAAAUGUAAACUAAAUCGAAACCAAUUUAAAUGCUCAAACUAAAAAUCGAGAAUAUCUCUAAUGUGAAGCAACUAAUUACCAUUUGUAAAAUAUUAAAACUAUACUUUAAGUAGUGAACGUUUUAAGUAAAUCAAUAUAUAUUAACUUUAAAAAGACGCUCGAAAUACAUGAAAUGACAUACAUAUAAGCAUAGACAAAUAAUUGUUGUAUAAAGAUAUAAUGGUUUUGACAUUUUUGUUCACAUAUUUUGACACCUUAAUUUAGUCGGUAGUUAAAAACACACACAUACAUACACACUUAGGCCAUAGAAAAAAGCCAUUUGUCCCACAGUUGGCCAUAAAGUAGUCUCGUAAGUUAGCAAAGAGCCAGUGGAUCAUGCCUCAGAUAUAAGCCCAGUAUUAUAUACAUAUAUAUGCCGCUUAUGCAAACAAUUUCUCAGAAAUAUAUCCACUAUUUCCUAUGUAUCAACCAACUGAUGAUAAACCUUCUAAAGGCCUCGACAAAAAAUACCUUCAAGCUGUUCCACAUUUUAGUGAUUGUGUUGAAAACACCGGAGAGAAAUACAUGAAAAAGACAUAUACACAUAAUUUUCCAUAAAUAACAACUUUAGUAGCUUGAUAAUGUAACCAAAUAUAAAUUUUAAUUAAAGAUCCUAUUAAAAUACAAUUACAUUAUUUUACUGUUAAAAAACAAUAAUUUUUAGACUACACUAAAUAUAUACAUAUAUCAAAUUACUUUAUUACCAAUACGUAUUACAGUACAGCGAAAGAAAAAAACUAAACUAAACUAAAAGUAAAUUAAUAGAAAUCAAUUACUAGUGUUUCAACUUCAAAGGAAUUACGUAUUGUACUUAAUUGCAUAAGCAUACGCAUACUAUAUAUUUUACAAAGAGUCAUAUUUAAUUAGU